AUGGACAGCAUUUUGGCAAGUAGUGACUGGGCAGCAGCAGUGCAGGACCGACUGGAACCAUCUGUGAAUGGCAUUGAGUGCCCUGGCAGAACUGAUAUGGAGGAACCAGUUUCCUCGAGUGCCUUUACACUGCCAUUGGGGCUUGGAGAUGGACAGCUUUUUACCUGGACAGAUGGCUUGAAAAGGAAGGACUGGCAUGAUUACGAAAGCAUUCAGAAGGAUGCUAUGCGGUCAGGUAAGUACUGUGCAAGCCAAGUGACUGAUGAUGAUAAGGAUGAUUCUGCUUAUAGGGAAAAUGGAUUCAACAUAUUUGUUAGCAACAAUAUAGCACUGGAGCGAUCCCUGCCAGACAUCCGACAUCCUAACUGUAAGCACAAGGUGUACUUGGAAAAGCUACCAAAUACUAGCAUAAUUAUUCCAUUUCAUAACGAAGGCUGGACUUCACUCUUGCGAACAAUACACAGUAUUAUCAACCGCACUCCAGACAGCCUGAUAGCAGAAAUAAUUCUUGUGGAUGACUUCAGUGACAGAGAACAUUUAAAAGAGAAGCUGGAGGAAUACAUGGUCCGUUUUGCCAAAGUGAGGAUUGUGCGUACCAAGAAACGCGAAGGGCUCAUUCGAACCAGACUGCUAGGAGCCUCGCUGGCUAGAGGAGAAGUCUUGACAUUUCUGGAUUCCCAUUGCGAAGUCAACGUGAAUUGGCUGCCUCCCUUGCUUAACCAGAUUGCACUAAACCACAAAACCAUCGUGUGUCCUAUGAUCGAUGUCAUUGACCACAAUCACUUUGGCUACGAGGCACAGGCGGGGGAUGCCAUGCGAGGAGCUUUUGACUGGGAAAUGUACUACAAAAGAAUACCGAUUCCUCCAGAGCUCCAGAGAGCUGAUCCCAGCGACCCCUUUGAGUCUCCUGUAAUGGCUGGGGGUCUUUUUGCUGUUAACCGGAAAUGGUUUUGGGAGCUGGGAGGCUAUGAUCCAGGAUUAGAAAUAUGGGGAGGAGAGCAGUAUGAAAUCUCCUUUAAGGUGUGGAUGUGCGGCGGUGGCAUGUUUGAUGUUCCAUGCUCUCGAGUUGGGCAUAUCUACAGGAAGUACGUCCCAUAUAAAGUCCCUUCUGGAACCAGCCUAGCACGGAACCUGAAGCGCGUGGCAGAGACCUGGAUGGAUGAAUUUGCAGAGUACAUUUACCAGCGACGGCCUGAGUACAGACAUCUCUCAACUGGUGAUAUCUCUGCCCAGAAGGAGCUUCGCAAGCAUCUUAAAUGUAAAGAUUUCAAGUGGUUCAUGGCUGCAGUGGCUUGGGAUGUCCCCAAAUACUACCCUCCUGUGGAGCCUCCACCUGCUGCCUGGGGAGAGAUUCGAAAUGUGGCAGCCAGCCUCUGUGUGGACAGUAAACAUGGAGCCACAGGGACUGAGCUGAGGCUGGACAUCUGUGUGAAGGAUGGCUCAGAGCGGACGUGGUCACACGAACAGCUCUUCACCUUUGGUUGGAGAGAAGACAUCCGCCCCGGGGAGCCGCUUCACACCAGGAAGUUCUGCUUCGACGCCAUUUCGCACAGUAGCCCCGUCACACUGUACGACUGUCACGGGAUGAAGGGAAACCAGCACUGGAGCUAUCGGAAGGACAAAACUUUGUUCCAUCCGGUAAGCAGCAGCUGCAUAGAUUGCAACCCAGCUGAGAAGAAGAUUUUCAUGAACAGAUGUGAUCCUUUAUCUGAAACUCAACAGUGGAUUUUUGAACAUAUUAAUAUGACUGUUUUAGAAAAAUUUAACAGCAAGGCCAGUUCCUAGAAAGAAAAUAAAAAGAGGGACACACGCAGUUACGUACAGACUGCAGAUACUACAUUUUUUGCCAGCAUCUGGGUUGAAGGAGUCAGGAAUUACAUUUCCUAGAUCCAGGAAAUCUGUUCUGAGGAUUAAGAAAAUGCCACAGCAAGAGCCAGCAGGCUGUCCUUGUGGAUGUACAGUAUCUGAAGAACUUGGGCAAGAGCCUCACCGGAUGCUGCUGAGAACUUCAGGCUGAAAAUUCCCUUGCUGGUCGAGGGAAAAAAAUGUUUAAAAACUGUUUAAAAGUACUCCAAGUUAAUAAAGUAAAACAAAACUC